AAAAGCUAGUCACAAGUCAUAACUCCAGUUUUAAAAUUUCUAAGCUCAUACAGUUCCCUCUUUCUCUCAUUCGUCGUUCAAAAUCAAACCUAGAAAAUCCUCUGAAAGAUUUUUGAAAGUUUAGAGAAAUAUGAGUGGAGGCGGAGAGAAAGGGUCAGCACACCAGAAAAACCCUUCUGAUUUUCUCAAAUCCAUUCGCGGCCGUCCCGUUGUUGUCAAAUUGAAUUCCGGUGUCGAUUAUCGAGGUAUAUUAGCUUGUUUAGAUGGAUAUAUGAAUAUAGCAAUGGAGCAGACUGAAGAAUACGUUAAUGGGCAAUUGAAAAACAAGUACGGCGAUGCUUUUAUUCGAGGAAAUAACGUUCUGUACAUUAGUACAACAAAGAGGACAUUAGCAGAUGGAGCUUAGCAAUGAAAUAUCAUACAAGAGAUGAUUUUGAGUAAAAUGUUCUUUUUUUUUGUUAAAUUUUCAUGUACUAGCAUGACACUCUUGAAUUUGAGGAUCAAGUAACAUUUAUUUUGAACUAAACUGUAGAGCUACUGGAGUCAGUUGAAUAUCUCGUGACAUGUUCUUGUUCACAGCUAUGGAAACAAAUAUCGCAAUUCCUUUUUCAUUACAAGGGAAGGGAUCAUUGGAGUUUGACAA